CGUGAAUACGUCGUCACAGCAAAUGAGGAUGUAGCUUGUCAUGGCUAGGUACACUGUACAAGAUGGAAUUUCUAAAUACAGCAAGUUGUAAGAGGAAUCCACAGGUAGCCAUCAUUAGUUUGGUGCUCGCGAGUAUGAUGUCGACAAAUACGUACGUUCAAGGUCAAGAUUCUGGCUGGCCGGUUCACGAGUUUCGGGGAGUAUGGAUUGCAACCGUUGCUAACAUCGAUUGGCCUUUAACGCCGCAUCUUUCAGCAAGUCAGCAGAGACAAGAACUCACAUCCAUGUUUGACAAACUUCAAGAAUUAAAUUUCAAUGCAGUCAUUUUGCAAGUACGAACCUCAGGUGAUGCUCUGUACAGUUCUAAUCUAGAACCGUGGAGUGUUUAUCUUACUGGUAAACAGGGGCUACCACCGAGUCCUCUUUAUGACCCGCUAACAUUUGCCAUCGACGAAGCACAUAAUAGAAACAUGCAAUUACAUGCUUGGUUCAACCCUUACAGAGCACGUGCCGGAAGUACAAGGAGAUCAGAUUUGGCGCCAAACCAUAUCUCUCAUCGUUUCAGCAAUGCGUGCCACGAGUAUGGGAAAGACCUGUGGAUGGACCCGGGCGAUCCCGACGUACAGAAUUUUACUUUCAAUGUAUUUAUGGACGUUCUAGAACGCUAUGACGUGGACGGGAUACAUAUGGAUGACUAUUUUUAUCCGUAUCCAGUAGCUGGCCAAGACUUUCCGGACGGCGACACCUACCGUUUACACGGAGGGAACAUGUCGCUCUCCGAUUGGAGAAGAGAUAAUAUCAACAAGCUUGUAAUAAACCUCUCCGAAGGUAUAAAAGCUAGAAAACCAUAUGUUUCCUUUGGAAUAAGCCCUUUUGGUAUAUGGCAACCUGGCCACCCUAGCCAUAUCGUCGGCUUCAACGCAUAUGAUGAAAUUUAUGCAGAUUCACGAAAAUGGCUAGAAAAUGGUUGGGUCGAUUACUUUACUCCACAACUGUAUUGGAAGAUAGAUCCACCAGCUCAGAGCUAUCCGGCCCUCCUGGAUUGGUGGACACAGCAGAAUUCACAUAAGAGACAUAUUUAUGCCGGCAAUUUCGCAGCAGCCAUUGUCACGAAAUCAUGGCCUGUUACCGAGUUAGAAAGGCAAGUCAUGGAAUCUCGGUCUCGCAGAUCAAAGCUUAGUCUUGGGAAUGUAUUUUUCAGUGCAAAAUAUUUCAUCCGAAAUACAGAUGGCAUAAGCGACAUGUUCAAAGUCCACAUAUACACCUCGCCUGCCAUAGUUCCGGAAAUGAUGUGGUUAAAUAAAACUUGGACAUUACCAACACCUCAGAAUGUGCUGGCGAUCGGGACAUCUACUUCAUGGAAGGCGAACAAUUCUGCAGCCAUUCGGUCAUGGGCCUUAUACAAGGUAUACGCGGACGGUUGGUUGUUGGUAAAGAUUUUAGGUAGACGCGCCACCUCAGCCGACCACUUAGAGAAAGGGAUCUACGCUUUGCGUACUGUCGACAGGCUAGGGGCGCAAAGCAUGGCGGUCAAAUUUAUCGUAAACGGAAGCGGGGAACCCCUCAUAGGGUAGCAGGGUAGACAAAUAUUGCUGUCAUUUUGAAACCUUAAGUCUAAAUAAACGCUAUUUAUGUUAUUGGAAUGGUGUUGGAUUCGAUAACGAUAUUCUGAUAAUUUAUCUGUCGAAGCACUUGAGGGCGAAGCGAAACGAAGUUUCAUCAGUGUAUCAGCAAUUUAUUUAUUUAUUUAUUUUCUCUUUUUUUUUUAAUUUUUAAUUUUUCAAAAUUUUAACAUAUUCAUACAUUAAACAUGACACAAGACACUUCAGACACGCAUUCAACACACUCAUCCAUUAUCAUAUUAUAUCUAAUACAAAUCAAAUCAUUACAUGGAUAAUAAAUGUUAACAACAGCCAAACAAAACAUAAAUAGACAAAACAAACACAGAAAAUCGGGGUAGGAUUGUUUGUUCUAAAUUUAUAUCAUCAGUUUUUUUUGUUUUUUUUUUGUUUUGUAAUUAAAUAUUUUCAGUGAGUCUUUCCAAUUUGGUCCAUUCUCUUCUAAACUGGUUGAAGGAGUUUUCUCCCUUACCUCUUGCAAUAAAUUGCUGGGUGAGAUACAAAUGUUUUCAGCAAUUUAUUUAGCAGUUUAUGUCCCAAGUAGUUUGUCAAUCAAUACAAGCAAAACUAAUGGAACCAUGCAAGAAUUACUGUUCCGUUUUAUAGGUCGGCUAAUUUAUUUUGUCUGCAGAGUGAAUGUCUUGAAUUAUUUGCCAAAGCAAUGAGUUGGAUUAUGGGGCAUAUAAAAUCAUGCAAGUUUCCAUCAAUAUUAUUACAUUUCAUGAAAUGUUGUAAUUAUGCAUCAUUGAUAAAACUGUCAAUGCACGAUUCGCUGGUGAUUCAACUCAAAUACUCGCUUAAUAUAUAUAAUUAAUUGACAAUGCUGUGAGUCUUAUAUGGUUUUCGCUUAAAAUGUUUUAAGAGGAGUGUAUUUGUUAUAAGAGUUACCUUUCAUAAAAUAUUUCCUUGAUUGAUGAAUUUCGAUAUUUAAUGCAUACGAACCGAAAUCAAAAGGGCAUUCUCUUCAAGCUCUUUACGAUUAUCAGUCUAAAUUUCGGCAAAUUCAUUACUUUGUUGACAGAGAGAUGGAAACGACGCACAGUUCAAUAUAUUUAUAAUAGAUAAUAAUAGCUUUAUAUAGUUCAGUACUCAAUGGUAAUGAAACUGUAGAAUGCCAUUUUCAUUCUUCCUAUUCCUUUUACGACUGAAAAAAACCCCGAAUUAAGUUAAACGUAGCCUUACUCAAGAGCUUUCAAAUUUUAUGUACGUAUCUUUCCUUGUUAGAACGCAUGAUAACUUCAGAUGUUUUUGAUGUCGCUUUUAAUAAACCGAUUCCUUGACCCAGAUAAUCAUUAACUUCCGUAGUUUUGUUCUACUCGCCUUUACAUGGAUGUAAUGUUUAUUUCAUAUUUUCUUAUUAAAAAACCCUUGCAGGGAAUAUCUGACAAAAUUAAAUACAGAAAUUGUCUUUGAAAAAGUAAAUUACAAUGAUGUAAAAAAAAACAACAAAAAAGUAUCAGUUAAAUAAAGGCGAAGAGUUCUUAUAUUGUGAAAUAAAAAGUAUUAUUGAUGUAUGCUAAUAUUUCACACUUACUAUCAAUCAGUAUCGAUUUUCGAGGUCAGAUAUUUUUGAAAAGCGAAAGUAAAUGAAAUUAAUUACUUGGCGUCGGGACAAUUUUUCCUAAAAAGAGAUGAGGGAGGGAGUAAAUAUUUUAUAUCGUUUUAUUGGUGAAGAAACAGUUGAGGGAUUUUUUUUCAAACAAAUCCAUUUUCAUAUCAGCUGUUUAAAAAUGUGGGAACAGUGAUUUGUCAUGAACAUUGUUAAAUAUAAUGGAUAUUACAGAAGAAA